UUUCGGAACAAGUCAAUGGCUGAUAAUAUAUCAUCUAGAACUAAUGUUCCCGAUGCUGAUUUUUCAGAUAACUUAUUUUCCGACACCCAUAUUUCAAAUGACUUAUUGUCCGACACCGAUUUAUCAAAUGAGUUAUUUUCCGACGCCGACAUUGAAGCACUGUUAUGUCAAGAUGAUGAAAUGUCAGAUCAUCAGAUUCUUAGGGAAGCAUGGUCCUCGAAACGCGAUCGUGAAUGGGACUACAUUUACAACUCGACUUCUGGAGAUAGACAUGGAAAUUACGGUGGCAGCUCAGGAAUGUAUAGUUCAAGUGAGUGUUGGUCAGUCGAUUCAGAAACUCAAAGUCAAACUUCCGUACAACGUUUCCUACCGGAAAAUACUUAUUAUUACAAAGGAAAAGCAACGGAUGGAUCCAGUGGGAAGUCAAUUAUAGGGCCUGGCGACAAGAAUGUAACUCGCAAUAUUCCUCCAAUUUCAUCAAAAAAUUAUGAGGCUGAUGAAAGCCCAUCAUUGUUGGUAAAUGACGACAUGCAAUCCGAGUCAACAAUCAAUUUAAAGGAUGAAACAUGUGAAAUGAAUUUGUAAGUUCCACAGCUCGGGAUGGUGUUUUCAUCUGAGGAGGAAGCGUAUAAGUUUUACAAAAAUUAUGCUACCAAAAUGGGUUUCAGAGUACGAAGAGGAAAGACACAAUGGUUGACAGAUGGAACCAUAAGAAAACGAUAUAUUUACUGUUCAGCACAAGGGUUUCGAUCAGAGAAUAAGUCUGGCAAGGCAAGAAAGUAUCAGAGGAAAGAGACAAGAAUAGGCUGUGAUGCAAUGGUCCAAUUUACGCAUGACAAGGACAGUGGAAAAUGGGAGAUAACCCGCAUUGUUCUGGAGCACAAUCAUGACACUAAUGCUCCAAAUCAAAGGCAUAAUGCAUGUCCGUCCCCUAAUAGCUUAAAGGAAGAUGCCAUUGUUACUCCUAUAUUGAAAGCUGGGAUGAUGAAAGGGACGGGUGUUGCAAAUUCUCCAGAAUCAUUCCCUUGUGUUAAUCAUAGUAACUCCUACUUGAGCAAUGAGAAAACAAAUAUCCUACCACCUGAGCACAGCCAGAGCUUAGUUAAUUUUCCCGAUCAUUUACAGUGGGAGGACCCUACUGCUGACCAGAGUCAAGGGCAAUCAAGUUCAUUUAGUUGUAGACUUGUGCUCAAAGCUUUGAAGGUCAUUACUAGAAGUGAAGCACUUGAGGGAAGUCAUAAGAUAGUUGAGAAGUAUCUUGACAUGGCACUCGAAGAGGUUGAAAAUGUUUCGAAGGUUAAAAUGACAGGACAUAUUGAUGGAAACGAUGCUGAAAUUCAUAAAAAAAAUGGUGGUUCAAAUGGCAUUGAUUGUAUGGAAACACAGUGGAAGGUGCCAAAUCCUCCAUGUUCUAGUAAAAAAGAAUCAUGUGAUGAUGCCAUUAUCCACUGUCGACCUCUCAGAGAAGAAAGAACAGAUGAUCAAGGACCCAGGGUGAGAUCUGGCAGUCGGCAUUGGGUUGGAGAAACUUCCCGACAACAGCCUUGCAAUCCUGCCGAGAUUAUAAUGGGUGAGCGUAAGGAUGAGUAUCUUCGGCCUAAGCGUCGUUGGCGUGAGCGUCUGCGUGAGCUUGAGCUUGCGCGUGAGCGUCUGCAUGAGCUUGCGCGUGAGCUUGAGCUUGCGCGUGAGCUUCAGCUUGAGCAUGCGCGUGAGCUUGAGCAUGCGCAUGAGCUUGAGCUUGAGCUUCAUCGAAACAAGAUGACCAAGUUGUCGACGUUGACCGAUUUCAGUCGAAUAGUAGCAUUCGGUAAUCUGCCUAAGCAAAGUCGCGACGCGAGACUGCUCGUGACUACCGCCAACUUGAGGAAAUAUGGUUUCUUCAAUUCUAAAGCAUCCCUGGAACCUUUAGUUGUCGUUGCCAGUGUUUUAAAAACCAGACUAGACUGUCCGAACGGACCGGUUCGACCAGGAGCCAACGGUAUCUCCGGUUUGAAAACCGACCUGGACUCUGCUAAGGGGCUCCACGAGCUGAGGGAAGAAAAUGCGAAGCUAAAGCAGGACCUAGUGGCUGUGGAUGCAGAGGCAAAGGAAUAUCACCUUCAGGCGAACCAGUACAUGUUGGAGAGGAACUCUGCUCUUCACACAGUAGAGUUCCAAAAGGCCGAGUUUGAGAAGAGAGGGGAAGAGAUCAAAGAGCUCCAGAGGACAGUGGCUAGUGGCCAGACUCACCAAAAAGUGUGGUGA